AGUCCGACCGUACAGUGACCAAGCAAAUCGUUAGAUGUCGUGCUCGUGAUGAUCGUGUGCAAUACUAAUCAAAGCUUAUCAUAGACCUGUAAUUCAUAGUUCCUUGCAAGAGUAUAAAAGAAUGAAUCGCGUCAGUAUAAAGUCUAUCACUUCUGUUCUCCGUGUAUCAUUUCCCGCCUGACUUUACGAAGCGGUGUAUAAAGUGAGCAUUUCAGUGAAAUAAAGAACCACAGUCAAAACGAUCAACUUGCAGGUCAGUGUGUCAACAGUUAUCAAAUCUGCUUAUGUAAUAUCAAUGACUACUUAAGAAGAAAUACAGUGAUUUCAGCCAGUAUAAGAUUACCGUUUGACAUUGCAAUAUACUGUUGAAUUUCAUUGAAAUAAAGAACCACAGUCAAAACGAUCAACUUGCAGAAAUGGCCCUAGAGACACCGACAUGGCUGAAUCUAUGCUUCGUGGAGAAGAUCUUGCGAAAGUCGGAAGGCGACAACUCGAUCCAGGUGAUCGAUAUAUUCUCGAAGCCGGCCACGAACAAAGGUGACAAUUAUACCAGCGAUAUGAUCAGAGUUAAUGUCGAGUUCUCACGUGAACAAGGCGACUGUAAGACCACGGAGAAGAAAUCAAUCAUCGUCAAAAUCGCCCCCAUAGACGAAGGCGCGCGCAAAGAAAUUAUCUUGAAAGCGCGCCUUUUCGAAAUAGAGAUGUUAAUGAUGACAGAUACUUUGGAUAGAAUGAACAAGUUGUUAGCACCUAAAUAUCGCUUGAGCGGAAAGGGCCUAUACGUGCAAAAGGAAAAUCCAAUGUUUAUAGUAAUCGAAGAUCUCACGCCUCUCGGUUUUCGCAUGGCCGAUCGUUUGGCCGGUCUUGAUCUUGAUCACUGCUUAUUGGCGAUUCGUGGAUUAGCUAAAUUUCACGCAUCCUCGGUAGCCGUAUGCGAGCAGGACCCGAGCCAAAAGCAGACGUACAGAAGAGGAAUGUUUAGUCAUGAACAUCCAACAGAAAUGAGAGCAUUCUUUUAUAUGGCUAUUAAAACUUUAGCAGACGAAAUAACAAAGUGGCCAGAAGUAAGCAGAUACGCGGAAAAAAUUAGUAAAUUCACCGAGCACAUAUAUCGAGUAGGAGCAGAAAUAAGCAAGCCUUCCGAAGAUGAAUUUAAUGUAAUCAAUCACGGUGACUGCUGGGUAAAUAAUAUGUUGUUCAAAUAUGACAAUGGUGGCAAACCUAUUGAUCAUAUAUUUGUGGACUUCCAGCUAUGCGUUUACGCAUCGCCGGCGCUCGAUAUCCACUAUUUCCUCAGCACGAGUCCCUCCCCGGAUGUCAUUGAAAAUAGCAAAAGUGUUUUAUUGAACGAGUAUCAUAACACCCUGGUAUCAACCAUGCAGCAAUUGAACUGCAAAACACAACCGCCUACUAUGGAGGAAUUGAAGGCUACCUUGAAACGAAAAGCCAGUUUUGGAAUGAUAGCGGCCUUCACGGUAUUACCAAUAGUACUGUGCAAUAAGGAUGACGUGAAAGAUCUUGAUGAGAUGAUGGGCGGUGAUUCUUUUAAUAAUGAAGCCUAUAGUAAUGAAGCUUAUCGAAAAGUGAUGACAAAAAGAAUACCUCUAUAUGAUGAAUGGGGUUUACUGGAUGUCUAAUAUAUUCGAUCCGUCUAAUAUUUCUCAUGCCGGAGACGUAGAAAACUACGAAUGAAAUAUAAAAAGACAUUGCACUUUCCUCGAAUUAUUAAAAUCAAUAACAAAAGUUAUAAAAUGUGGAUAUUUAUAUUAAUAUAUAAUUUACAAUAUUAUCAAAAAUUACGAACAAAUUAAUAAUUCAGUUCAGAUGUAUAAAAAAAAUUUAAUGUAUCUGACUGUAUUAUUGUACGUACGGAGUUAAAGCAAAUGAAAUAUUAUGAGAAAGACUAA